AUGCAUAUCGUGCUUUGUCCUUUUACCAAAGUUGAAGAAAGCUUCAACCUUCAAGCAACUCACGACAUUAUAGAAUAUGGAAUAAGCCCAACGUCCUUGGAACAAUUUGACCAUUUCGAGUUUCCGGGUGUCGUUCCUCGCACCUUUGUUGGGCCUUUACUCUUGAGCGGGGCUAGUUGGCCCACCGUCAAGACGCUAGAGAUACUGUUACCUGACUUUGACAAAUUCCUCCGUCAAUAUGUAGUACGCUUAUAUCUCGGUCUAGCUGGAAUUUUUGCUCUUUCUGAGCUUCGCUCAUCGAUAUCCAAAUCAUUUGGACAAGAGAUUUCUGUCGCCUUUGCUCGCGUUCAUCUCGACGUUUACACGGCGAUGACUGGUGCUUCUCGGUUUGGACAGUUACGUAAUGACUGGAAGUAUUACAAAGUCGAGACACACUCUUCGCCCGCAGAUUACCUGCACUACACGCAUCUCCUGACUUCCGAUCCUGAUGCACAUAACGAAACCUUCGAGACCCUUGACGUUGUGAACGCGAACGCAAACGGCAAUUUUAGCCGUAUGCAAUUUCGUCCAAGGAAGAUAGACAACAAGAAGGGUAUGCUUACUUUUUUAUGGUACGAAGUUGACGAAGAAGCUUUUCCGACCGUUAAUAGAGACAACCCUGAAGUGGUCACCGGAAUUGAAAAGGGGGAGGAUGAAGAACUCCAUUUUAAGACUUUGGUGGAAAGGAAAAACAAAAUGAUUGAAAAAAAUGAGGUGUCCAAAGAAGAACGCGCGGAACAAGAAGACACGAAACCGGGUAUUCCUUGUCCGGAAACUGGUAGUGGCGACCAAACAAGGGAACCCUAUUUUGAACCAAAUUUCAAACAAUCAAAAACGUACCGAAAAUUCUCUACGCCGAUCGAAGAGUGCAUCGGUUGUGAAUACAACAUGGAUGAUGCCGAUGAGAAAUGGUUACAGGAAUAUAACUCAAAAGAGGGAAAUAAUCUCGACGAGGACCCUUUUGAAGAGAUCAUAGAUUUCUUUGAAAGGAUAGCGAAGAAGAAGCCCUAUUUAUUGGCCGAGAAGAAGCUGCCAAUGUGGGAAGAUUGCUCAAAACUUUCUGAUAAGUUGAUACCGCAUGCAAAGGACGCCGAGAAUGUGUAUACAUAUUGGAAAGCGAAGAGGAUGUCCUACAUGGUUCGUUAUAAAAAAGUUGGUCCUUUGAUGCACGAGAUAAAGACAGUCGAGACAAAGAAAGAAGAUGAGGAGGAUGCAUAUAUAUGUUUCCGUCGUCGUGAGCUGAGGCCGGUCAGAAGGACUCGUCGGACCGAGGCUCAAUCAUUUGAUAAAUUGAAAAACAUAAGGAUCGAUCUUCAGUCAGGUCGGGAGAUAGUGGUUCAGGUGCAAACGCGAGAGAAAGUUAAGAAACAAAAGAUAGAGGUCAAUCGAAAGGUAUUUAUUAUGGAAUGUAAGAUUAAGGAUAUGCAAAGAGAAUUGGGAAUCAAGAAACAUUCUCAAAAGACCAAGAACCGAAAGAUCUCCACUUCACAAGCCGAAAUCUUUGGCCAACCUCGAAAAAAUUCUAUCAAGUCCACAAAAAAAGAUGGUGAUAUUCAAAUGACUGAUGUUACGGAUUAUCCGUAUCUUUCUACUUUCAAAAAUAUGGCGACCACCUACUACAGAAAAUUACCUUAUUCAGAAAAUGCGUUUAGAAGUCGCUGUGGUCGUGGUGGUCGUAGGAGAUGUGUUCUUGAUCGACUUGAGGUCUUUAGAUUUCGUUGCAUAAAAGAAGAGGCUGAUUGGAAAUUUAAAUAUGAUUCCGACGAGGAGGAUGAUGCCUUCAGUGAUGAUGACGCAUCGCAAAUGGAGUGUGAUGAUGAGGAAGUUUGCGAAGAUGAUAAGAUGAUAACAAGUGAAAAUUCCAUUAUAUGGCGUUUGUUAACGGACGAAGACUACCAGAAUCUUAGUUCAAUCAUCAAAUCUCCAAAGGACAAACAAAGUUCACCGAAACAUCAGAUAAUAAGGGAUGACGGUCAUUCCGGUGGAAACGGCAACGGCAAUCUCCUGGUUCAGUCGAGCACGGAAAAUCGUUUGAAUGUCGAUAAUAGAACAUCCAUUCAGGUUUCACAGUCUCGACCUAAUCCUGACGGCGAAAUGCGAGUAGAGAAUCGAGCGAACAGUGAUUCACGCACCUCCAUGGAGAUUGAUCAAUGCUCGGCAAACAUAUUGCAAAGAUCCAACCUCGAUUUCAGGAGCGUCGACCAAAGACCUUCUUCAUCUCGUUCAAAUUUUGAUAAUAACGCCAUGAAUUCACGGAUAAAUUCUGUCCAACGUGAUUCUAAUGGUCGCAUAACUCCAUCGAACAUUGAUACACAAACUGCGAACGAUCAACGUGCGUUCGUUGACCCUCGCACCUUUAACAACGUUGCCAUUCAGAGAGAUCAGCAACAAAUCAACGGAAAUCAAACAACUCCACGAUUAAACAUCAACAAUCAGAUAACUGGUCGCGGUCAGAACUCGACUUCAGAUCCAGCCAACAUACGAGAAACGCUCAUAAACGGUGUUCCGUUCAGUGGUCGGGAUCAGCGUUCAACCUCAGAUCAGAGCCCGAAUGGGGAUCAACGGCUGAGCUCCGAAUCACCGAGGUCUAACAUAGAUCCUCGAGCAAAUCUUGCUCACAAUGGCCACACCGUCCGUCCCUCGAUCUCAGCAAAUCACCGUGACAGCGCGGUACCUUAUAGGAACAAUCUAAGGAACGCCCGUGUGUCCAAGGAUUCCACGACAAUAGCUUCUCUUGCAAAUCACCUUACCCAAAUUCCAAAUGCGAGAAAUGCUUCGGUGUUGUCCAGCAAUACUGGCAAUUUGGUUUCUCCGAAUAUGCACAUGACGAACCAGGGAUCCGUCGUCCCAGUUUCAGUCGUUCAGAUUCAAACUCAGGUUACGCCGAGGCAGAGAUCGGUCCCAUCGCAGUCUGUUUCCAACCAAAAUUUGAUUUUUAAUGCUACCAGUCAGGCGGUUACGCCGAUGAAUAGCUCCCGACUCUCACGAACUGGCUCAAACCCAGGGGCGGGGAUGGUCAUAGGAGGCGUCAGUCAAGUGGUCUCCCCAAUGAAUGGCACCGCUCUCACGCGUUCUGGUUCGAACCCGGGUGUUGUCAUGAGUAACAAUCUGCAGGUUGUCUCUCCAAUGACCGGAGCUACUCUAUCACGUUCAGGCUCCAAUCCGGGGGCCGUCAUGAAUGCCGGUCAGGCUAUCGACCCGAGAAGACUUCAACGCACUUCCUCCAACUCGAUGCUUAUGAGCAACCAUAAUUUAAUGAUUGCAUCUACCAAUAGCGUGUCGCGAACCGCGUCAAAUACAGGGGUGAUGAUGGUGGAUCCUGCAGUUGCACAACACGCACAAUCGUCUCCGACGAUGAUGAUAAAUAGCUCAAGUCAAUUAAUAGAUUCCUCUAAGAUAAACAAUUCCAAUAUUAAUAUUGGCCCUCGAGUGGUAAUGUUGAAUGGGCAACCGACCUUAGUAAGCGGAGCAUUUUUAAAUGGUGGCCAGGUUCAAUCCGUGAGUUCACCGGCCUUUGUGAGCGGUGGACAACUUCAGUCUUCUCCACUAAAUCUUCAAACGUCGCGCCCAAAUAUGGGAGUUCAGAGUGAACAAUUUACACAAUCACCACAAGAUUCAAAUUCACCCAUAAGUCAUAUACAGCGUCGACUUCUUAUGCUGCGACAGGAUCAACGACAACAGGAAAUGACCACCGGACAAAAUCAAACAUCGAAUUGUAGUCCGAACAGUAAUCAGCCUCGAAGCCCAACCCAGAGGCAAACCCAGGGUUCAAAUCCAAAUCAGAAUUCUAUACAAACUAUGGUUUCUAAUAUUAAUGGUACGACGAAUAAUUUAUCGCAAGGAAAUGGUUCCACCAAUGGGGUUAUUAGACAAAACAUAUCGGUUCAAGGUCGCUCUGAUCGGUUGCAAAUGCAGACGAUACCCGUUUCAAAUGCAUCGCAACAACAGACUCACAGCAUAGUGACAGCCAAUGGUUCGGUCAACCUGCGACAGAAAACUGUUCCGUCGGGAAAUGUGCCUAACUCGGUUGUUAGACAAGUGAAUAUGAGCGUCUCCAACGGCUCACCAUCAUUUGUACCUGUUUCCGGCAAUGUCAAUAAUAUGGUGAAUGGUAGUGUGACGUCUAUAAUGAGACAUUCAUCGGUAGGCAAUGCUAAUGUGUCAUCAUCAAAUAUGCAACAGAGUGGUGAUUCAACACCAGUCAUAAGACACGCCACUAAUCCGACAUUGGCGACGCAGUCAGUUCAUCAGUCGAACGUGGUGAUCAACAAUAUGGUCAAUCGACCGAACUCCGCGACGCGCCAAGCAAAUGUUCAACCUAACACCAUUCAACGUCACAAUAAUUACAUCCUUCCGAACGGCACAAGCUCGGUAAACAUGAUACCCAAUACAAACGCCUCAGGUCGUCAAAUGAUUUUACCGGCCAAUAGUCAACGUCCCACAACGCCGUCUAUGGUCGGAAACAUUCAAACAAAUGGGGCACAGAAUAUUAAUGCCAUCAGACAAAUGCAUCUUAGCGCAUUUCCCGGUAACGCAAAUCAAUUAACGAACAAUGCAGCAAUCUCCAAUUACCGACAGUCCAGUUUGACGGUCCAAGCUCCUUUGACUGCUGCGCAACCAAAUCGUUCAUCUGCCACUCCAAUGGAUGUGGAUUCAAGAACAAGCGGCAUUUGA